AAUUGUACUUUGAGUCAAAAGUAUCUGCAGAAUAACUGUUCUCCAUCAAGCUCUUUUGAUUCUAAAUAUUGUUUUUAUUUCUCUAUUGUUUUAUUAAUUUGUGUUUAAUCAUUUUAUUGAGAUCAUGUCCUCUCCAGAUGAAACAUCCACCGAAGAAACCAUAAACAUUGAUGAAUCCUUCCAAGCAGUUGCCAGAAUUAUUUCAAUUGAAGACGCCGACAUUGAACAAGUUGAUUCGGGGAUUAUAGCAGGCAGAAGCCAGGAGCUGAGCUCUCAAAAUCAGUAUAUAGUCUAUUCUGAUGGCAUUUAUGAAGGUGUUUUCUCGCAGGAGUGGAACUCGAAAGAAAGUACUGAUCAAGUUUGGAUAAAAUUGAAUGAAUUGAGGAAGGAGCUUAUGGAUACUGGUUUGCUGAAAGACCCGUCAGAUGUUUCACAUCAAACAGCUAAAGAAUCAAAUCGACGUGAAAUUAUAGAAACAAUAAAAGAUCUACUGGACAGAUUUGCAAAAACUAAUAAACCAAUCGGAAUUUUGUCCCGAAGAGACUGGUCAAAUACGGUUUUUGAUGAAAUCUUAGGAGUAAGAUUAUCCGAAAAUGAGGAUAACAUCAAGUAUACAAUUAUUAAGAAGAAAAAGCGCGCGCAAAUGUUAACUCUUCUCUGUAGAGUUUACUUACUUCUCAGUUCCAAUCGAUUUGCCACAAAGAGACAUCUCUACUAUUUAGAUAAAGGAGCUUAUGGUAAACAGAUUGUCUGCGAUCAGUUAAUUGAAGAUUUAUGCUGCAUAACCAACAACACAAGGAAGGAGUUGCAUAUUUUAUCAUGUCCUAAAGGUCUAAUUUAUGGAAAACUAAAAUUCAAGCUUCAUAAUGUGCCUUACAAUUGUUCUGAUCAUCCAUUUGGCCUGACAAUAUCUCAAGAUAUUGAUUUGAUUGAAGAUAUUCAAUCAGAUGCAAAAUUCAUUAUGAUUGUCGAGAAAGAUGCCUCUUUCCAGCACCUCAUAAACCAAAAAAUUUUAGACAAAUUUCCUAUUAUUAUGAUGACAGGAAAGGGUUUCCCUGAUUGUGACACUAGACGAUUUUUAAAAAUUUUAACACAGACUCUUUCUAUUCCUGUUCUUGGUCUGUUCGAUGCAAAUCCUUGGGGUCUAGAAAUUUUAUGCAUCUAUCGUUAUGGAUCUUUAUCAUUAGCCCAUGAUGCCGAAAAUUGCACAGUUCCUCAAAUAAGAUGGCUUGGAUUGUUACCAUCGGAUAUCGAGAGAUUCAGUAUAGACAAACCGUUAACCGACGCUCUUGAUACAUUGGAUUUAAUGAAAAUAAACAGCCUCAAGAGGCGUCCGUUUAUGAGGCUUAACAAACAAUGGGCCCAUGAAUUACAGAUCAUGGAAAGAUCAGGUGUCAAAGCUGAAUUGCAAGCUAUUGAAAAUUGUGUGGAAACAUAUCUGCCUCUCAAAAUUCAAAAUGGUGGCUGGAUUUAGUAAUAAAUCAUAAUAAAUUCAAGAAAUUCAAAUUUUAAAAUUUAUCUUUAUGUAUAUUUCUUAAUAUUUAUUGUAGACGAAAAUUGUAAACAGAGGAUUAAAAAUAUUAUCAUCAUUUCAAAUUCAAA